AUGCAGCUUGAGCAUUGCAGUGUGGGCAGUGGCUAUUCCAACUCCGAGGGAUCAGAGCUCGCCUUACAGGACCAUCCUAUUAUAUCUGCAAGUGACAACCUGGAGAGAAGUUCACCUCUGAAAAAAAACUCGAGGGGGAUGACGAAUCAGUCAGAGGCAGACAAUUUCCCGGACUCUAAGGACGCAUCAGGGGACGUCCAGAGAGGCAAAGUCUCUCCUGAUCUCCACGGAGUCUCUGAUAUUCGUCAUAAUUUCGAUGGAUCUGCUGGGGAAAGGUACCUCCUUACUCAAUCCAGCCAAACUCAACCGGUCUCAGCAACUCCUAGUGCCAUGUUCCCAUAUCCGAGUCAACAUGGUCCAGCGCAUCCAGCUUUCUCCAUCGGAGGUCCCAGUCGUUAUAUGGCCCAUCACCCGGUCAUAACUAAUGGAGCGUACAACAGCCUUUUGAGCAACACUUCACCGCAAGCGUAUCCGACCGCUGGUUAUCCAUAUACGCAGCAGUAUGGCCACGCGUACCAAGGAGCGGCUUUUUACCAGUUUUCGUCUGCGCAAGCUGGACUGGUCCCCGGCAAAGCCCAGGUUUACCUUUGCAACAGGGCCUUAUGGCUAAAGUUUCAUAGGCAUCAGACGGAGAUGAUCAUUACCAAACAAGGGCGGCGAAUGUUUCCCUUUUUAAGUUUCAACAUUUCUGGUCUGGACCCAACAGCUCAUUAUAACAUUUUUGUGGAUGUAAUUCUGGCUGAUCCAAACCACUGGCGAUUCCAAGGCGGAAAAUGGGUUCCAUGUGGCAAAGCGGACACUAAUGUAACGGGAAACCGAGUGUACAUGCAUCCGGAUUCACCAAACACCGGCGCGCACUGGAUGCGCCAAGAGAUCUCGUUUGGAAAACUAAAAUUAACAAACAACAAGGGCGCAUCCAACAACACCGGACAGAUGGUGGUUCUGCAGUCCCUUCAUAAAUACCAGCCCAGGUUACAUGUGGUUCAGGUAAAUGAGGACGGAACAGAGGACACCAGCCAGCCAGGACGCGUCCAGACCUUCACAUUUCCAGAGACCCAGUUCAUAGCAGUCACUGCCUACCAAAACACUGAUAUUACACAACUGAAAAUCGACCACAAUCCAUUUGCAAAGGGCUUCCGGGAUAACUAUGACACAGUUUACACAGGUUGUGACAUUGACCGGUUAACGCCCUCGCCGGGUGACUCUCCCCGCUCCCACAUCGGGCCUGGGGCGAGAUAUGCCAUGGCUGCAGGCUCUUUCCUUCAGGACCAGUUUGUCAGCUCUUAUGCCAAGUCCCGCUUUCCCACUGGCGUCGGGACUGGGCCUGGCACGGAUCGGAGCGUCUCACUUACUAACAGCUUGCUCUCCCCUCCGCAAACCGAGGAGACCACAGUGGCCUCCCCGCAGCGCUGGUUUGUCACCCCCGCCAACAACCGACUGGACUUCGCCGCGUCGGCGUACGAUGCUGCUGCGGCGGCUGACUUCGCUGGUAACGCAGCAACCCUCCUGUCCUAUGCAGCUGCCGGAGUGAAGGCACUUCCACUGCCCACCGCAGGCUGUUCUAAUCGAGCUCUUGGUUAUUACGCUGACCCGCCGGGGUGGGGCACACGCACACCACCCCAAUAUUGCAGUAAAUCAGGUACUGUAUUGUCGUGCUGGCCAUCUAAUUCAGUGGGCCCGAGAACGACGACCUCCAACUACCUGGUGGGCUUGGAGGAAGGGGACACUCUAGCCCCUGAAAGAUCACCUCUCUGCGGGGCAUCGGAGGAAGCCAAACCAAAGGACUUGUCUGAGUCCAGCUGGAUUGAGACUCCGUCUUCAAUUAAAUCCAUUGAUUCAAGCGAUUCUGGGAUUUUUGAGCAGGCCAAACGGAGGAGGAUUUCGCCAUCUGCCACACCGGUUUCGGAGACUUCGUCUCCAUUAAAAGCAGACAUGCUAAGGGAAUGCGAUAAAAAUGCAUCCAAGGACAUUGGUUACUACAGUUUUUACUCACAAACUUAGAGAUUAGAUUUUAACUAUAUAAUAACAAACACCAGACAUUAAUAUGUUCCAUCCCUACGUCUAUUUAAUCGACGUGUUUAUUAAAAUAGGCUAUUUAUUUAGUCCACCUGAGUCCAAAAUAAUAUUAUACAUUGCUAACAGGCCUAGCCAAUAAACAUGAUCCUAUAUAAUUACAAACACACCAAGAUAAUUUUUUAGUGGACUAGGCUAUAGUCUAAUUUUAGUAUUUAUACCACUAGGUGAUUUUUAAUUUGGCCAUUUAUUUUGACGCCUUAUCUGUUAAUUGUAAGUAUGAAAAUAAUGUAAAAUAAAAUAGACUAGCUUUCGGUGACAUUCCAUCUGUUGAUGUACAGCAUGUAAACAACUAUUGAGGUUCAAGAAUUACAGUUUUGUAUGCAAUAUGCAGUAUUGCAGUAGAUGGGACAUCCUCCAAAACAAUGGAAAGAAACCAAUUCCUCGCUAUUCUGAUUGAACUGUGUUUUGGGGCACAUCUUCAAUUUUGAAGCCAAAUCAACCACGUCCUGUUAGACCUAUACACCUGUACACGGUACACCAUUAUGCGCUUUCCCAAAGCAUGACAGCGCGGUUGGUUAUUGGAAUGGUACUGAUUUAGCAGCAUUAUUACUUUGUUGUUGUGUGGCUUGAUAUUGCUGGUGCGUAUUAGAAUCGGGAGGUCUAUAUUUCUCUUAAGACUAGUGUGUAGACUCUUUGUUAUCUUCAACUGUAUACAUGUUCAUUCAAAAUCGUGUCCAAUUUUUAUACAACAGGUAAAUUACAUCAUGCGUAGGCCUACACUGGUAGAAUUUUACUUUUUUACAUUUUCAGUGGCAGCUAUGUGUAGCCAAUGUUGGAGAUUUUGUCUAAGAGAGCGCGUUUUAUUUCAUGAUUAGACCUAUAAGAAAGCAGACAUAUUUAUGUAUAUUUUUCUGUGUCAGUUAAAAAAA